GACACAAGCUGAGACUUUGAGUGAGAGAGUAUGCAUGAUAAGUGACAGCGCUAGUCUGCUCAAAAUAUUCAUCCGCGCGAGCAGGCUGUAAACGCCAUGUCCCUCACCAACAUCAAGCACGCCUUCGCCAUCUCCGCCAUGGCUUACAUCCUCGUCGCCUUCCUUUGGCUGACGAACACGGCCAAUGCCGAGCUCCUCGGCGACUGCUACUCCACCAAAGCUUGCAAUAUCAAGAAGCUGAGCGGUCACGGGGUGUAUGGGGACUACUCGAGUGGAAGUAAGGUCUACUUCAACCAGACCAAUUGCUACGCCUACAAAGCCUACAUAGGGAAACCUUACUAUCCUCAGAAGAUCAGGGUCUGCGAGCGUGUCAACUUUGGCGAGUGUGCCGACUGCUCUGAGGUCCUGACGAUCGGUCAAUGCUACGUACCGACUGUCAUCUACACGGGGAUCUGUGUUGAUUAGUAGAGGCAAUUGGAUGUAAGGAGAGUCUGAGGGGCUGAAGCUGAUACAGGCGAACAGGGCAAGAAGGCCGUCGUCAAUGACACCCCUCGCUGCUUUUCAGCUAUUGUUUGUCCAAUGUGUUGAUAAAUCCCAACGAAUGCUCCGUUCUCAAACGAUGCUGC